AUGCCCUCCCGUUCACGAUCGCUGGGAGCCAUCUUUUCUGAGCCUGGAUUCGCCGAGGUCUUGGAGGCCAUAUUCCACAGGCUCAUCCUGCGAGAUACUCUUGCUCUCAUUCGCGUGAACAGAAACACGCGCAAUGUCUUCAAGUCCUCGUCCCAUCUCCAAUACACCCAUCUCUGCCGAAAACAUUCUUCUCUACCCCCCUCAGCAGCCGCUUCUAGACAUCCACCAUCAGCGAGACUGAUCAAAGAGCUGGCAGAACGCGAGCGUCGUCUGGAGGAAAUCACCCCCGUGGGCUCCUCGACUUACCGCCUGUCUUCUCGGGUUAUCGCUUUCGAGCAGGGCCUUAUUGUGGCCGAAUGCGAUACCAAAGCACCGCCUCUCGGCUUUGAAGAUCCCCCUCCUGAGUAUAUGGAUCCAACAGGAUGGGAGAUUAUCAGGGUUCCGAAUGCAGAACUGGAUAAGGAUUCGGAGAUGCGGGGCGGGAUCAAGAGGCAGGAUCACUGGACGUGGAGGACGGAUUAUGGGGGAUAUUGCGAGGCAGUGGCUUGUGUAGAGGACAAUGUCGCUAUGGUCAUCAAGCAGUGGUUUCACGGCGAAACCCUGUCCCGGGUCGAAUUCUUCUUCUACCAGCUCCUUCCUCCCCUCGGUACCCCUCCCCCAGAAGACGGCAACUUUGAUCCCAUCAUCCACCCCGAUGCGAGGAUUCCCUGCAUCCAGGUCGUCCUUCCCGCAGCUUGGCCCCAGUCCGCAGAACUCAGUCAUUACAAGCUAUGCCCCGAGGGACGGCUAGCGGUGCAGUUCGAAGCCGGAAGAGACUUGUACCAGAAACAUCCCUCAGGGAGGGGUCGGAAUGACUUGAUGAACAAGGAGAUAUUUGCGGUGAUCUGGGAUUGGAAAGCUGGUGUCUGUCUUGGCCAAGUACCUCUCUUCCCCGACAUAUCCACCGACUUUAGUGGUAUCUAUCCCGUGGGGCCAUUCUGCGUCACGGCGACCCAUCGCAAAGUCCCCUCCCUCAAGCAUCCCGAGCUUUACGAAUCAGUCGUUCGACCCUAUACCAGCUUUUCGACCGAGGCCGAUGAAGACGGUUAUCUCACCCAAUUCUCACUCGACUUUCACACCCUGUUGCCCUUGCCCUUGGCUUUUCCCCCAGAACACCACAGCCAAGAUUCGACAGGAACCGAGCCGCAUACAUGGCGCGCGGGGUACAUUCCCUAUUGCCUACCAUUGGUCUCAUUCGACUUGCCUUUCGAGGCGUCGGCAGAGUUUGGGACGGAUGUUUACAGCAUCUGGAAAGACUUUUACGUCGUAGGAGCGCGGUAUAAGAAAGAGCUGCAUAAUGGCGACCUGAGAGGCUUGCUGCUGUUCACGUGUCAUUCGGUGGAUGCGCCGACGAAUGUCGUCGACCUCAACUUUGUUUUGCGACAUCUGACAAAGAGGCUUGUGGAACAAGCUCAGGCGUGCCUUUCCGGCGCCGGGCUUCAUCUCCCUCUCUUGUCGGUGUUUGCAAUGCCCACAAGCACUCCAGAUGUCUCUCGCUUAACCCGCGUCGAGCAGACAGAAUGGGCAUCUUCCGUCUUGACCAUGUCAACCUACGCCAACAAUCUCAAUAUGCGGGGCGUCUGGUCGCCGUCCUCCGUCAUCCACAGCGACAUGCCCGAACUAGUUCCCUAUCUUCCAGAGAUGUCCCAUAUCAAGCUGGAGGACUAUCCCGGCACGGCCGAAAUCAGACCGGCAUCCAUGGAGGGCUGCAAUCCUUUCUCCGGGGAGUUUGGCGCGAGAGAGGUGAAGGUGAUUGAGCUGGGGCUAGAGAUGGAGGCCACGGGGGCGAUAUUCGUGUUUACCAACUACGGCGGGGAUGCGGCUCGUGUCAAGCCGUACGCAGGACCAAGACCCGACGACCCGCAAGAUCCCUCUACGACCCUAUUCCACCAGUCCUUUGGCCCGAAAGACAACCCCAACAGCAUCACGCUCAACCAGUCGUACGACGAAGAGAUGGAAACCCUCUCUGCUGAGGAACUGGGCAUGGUCCUUCCCCAGGGAACGCCAUGCUUGCCACAGAAGAGCAAGACGGCAAUGAUGUGGUUGGAAAGAGAGGGGAGAUGGGCAUAUGACCCCGCAGAUUGGGAACACCCGGCGUUUGUGAGGUUCGACGGGAGUAGUGUGAUUUACGAUCAGACUUCGGUGAGUGUUGGUAGGGGAAGAUACGAUGCUGAUAGACUGGCAGCCUUCACUGUUGCAUAUCCUCAGGUUCUAGAGCGCGAUGCUCCGGAGGACGGCGAUGCUCAGGUUCGUCAAUUUUGA